CGGAAACGGCUCUCCGACUGGCCAGCCCAAAGCUUGUGUGACAGAUCUCUUUCCGACUGGCCACCGCCCUUUUCUUUUCUGCGGAGAACGCGUCGCGACGAUGUGCAGAUCUUUCGCCGCCUUUGCAGCGCUUGUGGCUGCGUUGCCGUGCGUGCUGGGUACUCAGAAGGGCGCCAUCAAGCUCGACUCGUGGACAUAUGAGAAGUUCCUGUCACUGCCUGGACAGAAGGUAUGAUAGGGCAGAGAGAGACUGGUGGUGGCUGACCAGCGGGUGGAUGGCACUUUGUGUGUGGUGUGUGUUGGCUGCAGGUGCUGGUGAAAUUCGACAAAGGUAGGCACUGCACUGCAGUGAAACAGACGGGUUAUUGACGGUCACUCUGGUGUGUUGCUUUCUGUGGGCGUUUGACCAACCAGCAUACGCAUACGGCGACACAGAAGGUCAGGCAUGACACAGAGAAGAGAAGAGAAUCGCUGCAGUGCACUGGUCCAUCUCUCUCUGCACGUUGUGUGUUCAGAUGCGUUCAAGAGUCUGUGCGAGAAGGUCUCCAAACACAGCUCCUUCUUCGUCGCCGAAGUGCCAAUAGCCGGUACACACACGCCCACACACAGGCGACACAAGCCAGCGUCUUAUUAUUCACUCCUUCUCACGUGCCUGCUGUUGGUGCAGAGUACGGCGACAAGGAGAACGACGACCUGCGGGAGCGGUACAGCCUCAAGAAGGACGACUACCCCGUCUACAAGCUCGUGACCACCGGCCCCAACUUCGACGAAAAGGCCGUCAACUACACCGGCGACAAAACCGCAAGAGGUCAGUCACGGACACACACGGAUGGGAAACAGAAACGGUCCCUGUUUCUGCGCGCGGCGUCACUUCAGAUUUGGUGCGGUUUCUGAGAACCAAUGGCAUCCGCAUCACGUUAGCCCGGCACUCAAACUCACACACAGACGGCACAUGACCUCUGCCCAUCAUCCUUUCCUUCCUUGUCUGUCUGUCUGCAGUGGUGUCGGAGGUCUGAAAGAGUAUGACGAGCUGGCCGAGAAGUUCAUCACCAAAACCAGUGAGGCGGACCGCAAGGCCGUGUUGGAUGCGGCCCAGACAAAGGCUGGUGGCGAGGAGGACACCGACGUCAAGAACAAGGCCGAGAUGUACGUCAAGACCAUGAAGAAGAUCGUCGAGAAGGGGCUCGACUACGUCAACACCGAGACCGAGCGAGUCGCCAAAGUGCUCGGGGUCAGCACAGACAGACAGACAGACGGACGGACGGACAGACAGGAUGCGCCGAUGUGGAAUGGUGACAUUAAUUGCUGUCUCUUUUCGCUCCUAUAGGGCAAGAUGAGUGACGACAAGAAGAAGCAGAUGGAGGUCAAGCUCGACGUGCUGUCCUCAUUCGAGGGCGUCAAAGUGCACGAGGAGCUCUGACCGCAGGUAGCUCAAUCGCUGGGUGGCUGGGUGGUGGGCGGGGUGCGGGGAUCUAUCGCAUGGAUGGACUGAUGUGUGCUGCUGCAUGCUGCAUGAAUCGAUGUGUGAGCGUGGGUACGUGUGUGGACGGUCUGUCUAUCUGUCUAUCUCGACUGGGGGACAGACGGACAUCACACAGGACUCAGUCAGGCAGAAAGGCAGGCAGCGCACAUCCCAAUUAAGGACUUACACGCCCUCAUGCACUCACUAGUCAUCUAUAGUACUUGUGUGUACGUGUUUGUACUGUGUCUUUGUCCCCGUCAGCAGCCCGAGGGCGCGGGCAACCACAAGCAGUCGGACAGACAGAGAGCCAGACAGACAUGCAGCCUGAGGUAGAUAGAAAGACAAGCG